AUGGCCAGCUUGGUUUCCCAGUCGGUCGCCACGAUGGGCGAUCCAAACGAUAAGAAUAAAAGUGCCGAUGUUCCUACGUCUAUUGAGUUUUCCAGAUCUGUCAGGGACUGGUGGAACUGUUCCUCCAACUUGAAAAGACCCUCGCUGGGGCUUGAUAACCCGAAGUUUGCUUUGGCCAGAAAACGGCUUAUCCGGUUGGAGUAUGACUUGUACCGGGCCAUUUUGUCGCUGGACGUGUCGAUGUUGCCUCCUGGCGAGGAUAAGCUUGAUAACGGGGAAAAGCCGAUCACGGCCCGUUUCCUAGAUAUCGUGCUAGAUGACCCUCUGGUGUACAUUCACGAGUUUGAAAUUACCAACAAAUCUGAUCUUUCGCUUCCAAAAAGAGAAAUCGUGGUUAUCCAUGGGUACAUGGCGGCACUGGGCUACUUUGUCAAGAACUUUGAGGCGUUUGCUAAGUCUUACGGCAACUUGACCGUCCAUGUGCUUGAUAUGCCUGGUUUCGGCAACUCGGCAAGGCCAAAGUUCCCUUCUGAGUUGCUUAAAACGCCUAAAGGCGCUUCAAAGGCUAGGCAAGUGUCCCAGGUUCUUGGCGCAGAGGACUGGUUUAUCGAUAAGUUCGAGCAAUGGCGUGAAAAACGCCAGAUUGACCAGUUUGACCUUGUAGCCCAUUCCAUGGGCGCCUACCUCGGAAGUUGCUACAUUAUGAAGUAUAACCACCAAAACAUCAUUACGAACUUUGCUGUGGUGAGCCCUAUGGGCACAGAAUCGAGUUGCGUGAGCUUGAUCAAUAAUAAGACCCACCAGCGUAAUUUCCACGAUGGUGGUGACCCUCUUGAAGAGAUAUUUGCUUCUCAAGACUUUGACGAUAAUGAAAAUCCAGAACUACAACGCUUGUGGCAGAAAUUGGGUGAACCCAAGUUUCCCAAGAAUAAGCUUCUUCAGACUAUGUGGGAAUGGAGCGUUUCGCCUUUCCAAAUACUUCAGGUGUUUGGCCCCGUCUAUUCUAAGGUCUUGUCGUACUGGUCAUUCCAGCGCUUCAAGAACCUCAAGUCUAAUUCUGAAGAUUCAGACGCUCCGAUCAAUAUUGACUUGAUCAACAAGCUUCACGAAUACUCCUUCUCCGUGUUCAACCAGUACCAAGGGUCUGGUGAACUUGCUAUCACGAAGCUCAUCAACCAUAACAUUCUUGCUCGUCUUCCACUUUGCGAUCGUGGUUUCAUGGAGCUUAUUCAUGACACUGGUCUCAACACGUUGUGGCUUUAUGGAGACAAGGACUGGAUGAACAUGCAAGGAGGAAAGUAUUGCGUCGAUAAGCUUAAGGACCUUGGUGAUGAAAAUGCGACUUUGACAGUCGUGAAAGAUGCUGGUCAUCAUAUUUAUUUGGACAAUCCCGAGGAGUUUAACAAGGUGGUCUUGAAGUUUUUGGGCCUAGAUAAGAAUAAGUCAUCUUAG